UUCCGGUAGCGUGGCGCCAAAGUGAGCGCCGAGAACCUAAGCCCCGAGUGCAGUGACUACGAGACCACCUUCUGUGGCUUCCAGUGGCUACAGCCUGAUUAGGAAAGACCUCGGGAGAACCUGAAGCCACGCAAUGGAAAAGCUUUUCACAUUUGGAGGCAGUGAUGUUUGAGGACGUGGCUGUGAAUUUCACCAUGGAGGAGUGGGCUUUGCUGAAUACAUCCCAAAGGGAGCUCUACAGAGAUGUGAUGGGGGAAAUCUUCAGUCAUGUCGCUGCCAUAGGAAGAGUUGGGGAUAACCAAGAUGUUGAAAAAGAACACAAAAAUUACUGGAGAAGUCCAAGAAGUGAAGAGUUAUGGAAAUGCUCUGAAUAUCAAGGUUGGAAUCAAUAUGAAGAACUAUUCCUUUGUACUCCAGAUGUUAAUGUGGAUAUAAAUCAAGUAGACACACCCAAUAAUGAUCAGAUCCAUGAAACAAAUUGUAGUGGAGGGAAACCCUAUGUAUGUAUGCAGUGUGGGAAAGCUUUCAGCACACAUGGAUCUUGUCAAAUACAUGAGCGACUUCACACUGGAGAAAAACCCUAUGUAUGUAAACAAUGUGGUAAAGCUUUCAGCACCCAUAUAAAUUCUCAAGUGCAUGAAAGUCUUCACACUGGAGAGACACCCUAUGUAUGUAAACAGUGUGGUAAAGCUUUCAGCACAUGCAGUUCUUGUCAAGUCCAUGAAAGAAUUCACAAAGGGGAGAAACCCUAUGUGUGUAAACACUGUGGGAAGGCUUUCAGCACAAAACGUGAUUGUCAAACACAUGAAAGAGUUCACACUGGGGAGAAACCCUAUGUUUGUAAACAGUGUGGAAAAGCUUUCAGCAGAAACACUCAUUGUCGACGUCAUGAAAGAACUCACUCUGGGGAGAAACCCUAUGUAUGUAGACAGUGUGGGAAAGGCUUCACUACGGAUGCAUAUUGUAAAAUACAUGAAAGACUUCACACUGGAGAGAAACCCUAUGUAUGUAAAGAAUGUGGUAAAGCUUUCAGCACACGCCGAUCUUGUCAGAUACAUGAAAAAAUUCACACAGGGGAGAAACCGUAUCUAUGUAAACACUGUGGGAAAGCUUUCAGCACACAACGUCUUUGUCAAACACAUGAAAGAGUUCACACUGGGGAGAAACCCUAUGUAUGUAAACAGUGUGGGAAAGCUUUCAGCACAAAUACUCGUUGUCGAAGUCAUGAAAGAACUCACUCUGGGGAGAAACCCUAUGUAUGUAAACAAUGUGGAAAAGGUUUCUCUACAGAUGCAUAUUGUAAAAUACAUGAAAGAGCCCACACUGGAGAGAAACCCUAUGUAUGUAAGCAAUGUGGGAAAGAUUUCAACCGGCACCUUGAUUACAAAUUACAUGAAGGAACUCACACAGGGGAGAAACCCUAUGUAUGUAAGUACUGUGGGAAAGCUUUCAUUGCACGCAGAUCUUGUCAAAUACAUGAAAGAAUUCACACAGGGGAGAAACCCUAUGCAUGUAAGCACUGUGGGAAAGCUUUCAGCACACGCACAUCUUGUCAAAUACAUGAAAGUAUUCACACAGGAGAGAAACCCUAUGUGUGCAGACAGUGUGGGAAAGCUUUCCGAACACGCACGUCUUGUCAAGUACACGAAAGGACUCACACAGGGGAGAAACCCUAUGUAUGUAAGCAAUGUGGGAAAGCUUUCAGCAGAAACUCUAUUUGUCAAGUUCAUGAAAGAACUCACACUGGGGAGAAACCCUAUGUAUGUAAACACUGUGGGAAAGCUUUCAGCAGAAACUCUAAUUAUCAAAUUCAUGGAAGAACUCACACUGGGGAGAAACCCUAUGUAUGUAAACACUGUGGGAAAGCUUUCAGCACAAAACGUCUCUGUCAAACACAUGAAAGAGUUCACACUGGGGAGAAACCCUAUGUUUGUAAAAACUGUGGUAAAGCUUUCUCCACCAAACAUCUUUGUCAAAUACAUGAAAGAAUUCACACAGGGGAGAAACCCUAUGUAUGCAAGGAAUGUGGGAAAGGUUUCAACAGGUACUGUGAUUGCAAAAUGCAUGAAAGAACUCACACAGGGGAGAAACCCUAUGUAUGUAAGGAAUGUGGGAAAGCUUUCAGCAGAAACUCUGUUUGUCGAAUUCAUGAAAGAAGUCACAGUGGAGAGAAACCCCAUGUAUGUAAACAAUGUGGGAAAGCUUUCACCACACAUGCCUAUUGUAAAAUUCAUGAGAAAAUUCACACAGGGGAGAAACCCUAUGUAUGUAUACAAUGUGGGAAAGCUUUUCCCACAAUCCAACAUUUGCGAACCCAUGAAAGAAUUCAUACUAGGAAGGAAUCAUGUAUAUAAGCAAUGUGGGAAUGCUUUCACAAGGCAGAGUGAAUGUAAAGUACAUGAAAGAAUUCACACUGGGGAAUCAUCCUAUGUAUGUAUAUAAUGUGCAAGUUCUGCACACAUAAUAAUUCUGACAUAUAGGAAAGAACAUCCUGGGCAAAAAUCCUGUGUAUAUGAGUAAUGUGGGAAUAGUGCUAGUCCACACCCAUCAUUAAGUACAUGAAAGAAGCCUCACUGGAGAAAAACUUUAUACAUACAUUCAAGCCGCUUUUGAAACUCAUGUGAAAAUUUUUCAUAUAAUGGAAUUCUGCAGAGAAAGUGCACCAUGUUUAAUGCCAAUACAUCUUCACAAAUUUUGCAGAGAGUACCAUUCCCACAUGGAGCUGUCCUAAAGUAGGUGCAUAGUGUUGUUUUCAGUAAAUAACUUAUACAAAUUUAUACUGUAUAUUUGUUGUGUUUAAUAUGGAAAUAUUGAGUGUACAUAAUUCUGUAUUUUUAUGUCUCUGCUGAAUACAUCGUGUCUUUUAAUUAAAUAUGUUGAAUUGGAAAAUGUA